AUGAGUUCGGCUGCUACCAAUGGUGGAAAAUGCAAAGAACCUAAAAAAAUUGCAGCCUACCUUUUGGCUGGAUUUUCAUUACUUCUAACACUUAGGGUUGGUAUGAAUGGAGCUCCAUUCUGUAUGAAACGAUUUAAGAUACCUGAACAUUUGUUCAGUCUAUAUGUUAGUAGAGUACAUAAUGCAAUAGAACUGUUUGUUCUUGCUGGAGUUACUGCCGGUACAAUUUAUAAUAUAAAGUAUGGUAAUAAAUAUGUACAAGAAUGUGAAAAGGUAUCUGUCGGGAUUAAUUGGUUGUUCUUCCUUAUUAAUGUAGUUCUUUUCUUUGUAUUUGUCACUGGUGGUGAGGAGGGCCAUUUGACUGAUUUUUACUGGACACUAGCAUUUUCAGCCUUUGUAUAUGGAAUGAAUUAUUCAUUUAGUAUGAAAUUGGCCGGAGAUUGUAUAGUUUAUUAUUUUGCAACACUUCAUGUUUCUGGUAUUUUCAUAUCAGUUUACCAUUUUAUAUUUUUGAAACUAUUUGGUAAUAGAAGGAAGUUUAACACUGAUUAUUUAAUUAUUACUUGGCAAAUUGUUUUAUCCAUAAUAAUUACAGCAGUAACAGCAGCUGUUUGGACUGUAGCUUAUAGUAACGGAGAACAGUCAACAGGUAAAGGUAAUAAUAAUAAAUGCGGAGGUGAUGAUAGUACUGAUCAGGAUGGCAGUGGUGGUAACAGUGGUUUUACAGGGGAUGCAGUUUCACCAAUGAUAAUGACUGUGUUUGCUCUGGGUGUAAUAUAUGUCUUUUACCCAGCUAUAGCACCAGGUUUGCUAGUUGACUUUAGGCACGUAAAUAAGAUAGAUCAGGCCCUUCUAAUUAUAGCUCCUAUUCCAUCAAUUACAUUUGCAGCUAUUGAUUCCGCCAGCCCAGGUAACUCACCGAAGUGUAAAUGGUCAGAAAAACCUUAUUGGCACGGUGUACUCAUAUUUAUUCCAGUUAUGAUUAUUUGUGGAUAUUUGUUUAUCAAAGCACUUCACUAUCCUCAUUCAGGAGUUUCAUUAGCAAUUAUUAAUAAGCCACGUAUGUCUGGAUUUCUCACCAUUCUGUUUUAUGUUAGCCAUAUGAUACUAACUGCUGUUGGAUUUCCAGGUGUGGAAAAAAAUUCUGGGCAAUAUAAGGAUUAUCUUCCCACUAUAAAUGCUUUCAUGGCUAAUUUGUCCAUGGUUCUAUUGAUUUUUUUUGGUGAGGGUUACGUUAAUGAGUUUAAAAAAUAUGAUAGAUCCUAUUGGCCAACAGAAGGAUUAUCAGCAAAAAGAGCAUUUGGAUUCUGGUUCGAUAAGGCAAUUCAAAAUGGAUUCAAGAACUUUCUCUUAAUAUUCACCAGAGACCUUAGAAGAGAUUUAAUGUCAGCACUUGACUAA